AUGCUGGUUUACUCUUCCACAUAUACCAUAGAGCUGGAUCGAGGUGGAGCCAAAGACGCUGGGUUUGGUGGCCGAAGCUCUCAGCCACGCCACUUGGUGGACCAGCGCGAGCUGUUCCCAUCCCGCCAGGUGGAGACGCUGCCGGCAUCAUGCAUCCGCGGCCGCUGCUUCGUCACCCUGCUCACCGCCUCAGAACAGGCAGAGCAGUACCUGGACCGCGAGGACAGCUUCUUCUACACGCUGCUGUAUGACCCAGUGCAGCGCACCCUGGUAGCGGACCGCGGCGAGGUGCGGCUGGGUGAGCGCCACCAGGCGACAGUGCCGGCAGUCGGCGAGCCGGGCGCGGCGACCGGCCGUGACACGCUGCUCUGGAGCCCGCGCCACCGACUCACCGACGACCAGCUGGACCGGUUCCUGCUGCUGGCCCGGUCGGUGGGCACUUUCGCGCGCGCGCUGGACUGUCCCGGCUCAGUGUGCCAGCCGAGCCUGCACCUGGCCGCCGCCGCCGCGUCCAGGGAUGUGACUCUGCUCCACGCCAUGGACACUCUGCACCGGAGCGGGUACGACCUGGCGGCGGCGCUGGCGGCGCUGGUGCCGUCCGGCGGUGCCUCGCUGUGCCAGGACCAGCUGGAGGCCUGGUCCGCCGACGAGGCGGCCAUCUUCGAGCGGGCGCUCGGCAAGCUCGGCAAGAACUUCGCGGAGAUCAGGCGAGACUUUGUGAGUGCUGUAUGGUGGAGGCUGGAAGGCUGA